AUAUAAAAUUGCUAAAUUUAUGGGAUUUAUUCUGAAAAUCUAAAGACGUAGGAUUUAGUUUAAGAUUUUUUUACCUUAUAUUUUUUGGUUAAAUCACAAAAUUGUAAAAAAUGCGUGAGUGCAUAUCCAUACAUGGCGGACAAGCCGGAGUUCAGAUCGGGAAUGCCUGCUGGGAGUUGUACUGUUUGGAGCAUGGAAUUCAGCCUGACGGACAGAUGCCUUCGGACAAAACUGUCGGUGGCGGGGAUGAUUCCUUUAACACAUUCUUCAGUGAGACUGGAGCAGGCAAGCAUGUACCUCGAGCAGUAUUUAUCGACUUAGAGCCUACAGUGGUAGACGAAGUGCGUACAGGCACUUACCGUCAGCUGUUUCACCCUGAACAACUUAUCACGGGUAAAGAGGACGCAGCGAACAACUACGCACGGGGCCAUUACACUAUCGGGAAAGAAAUUGUGGAUCUGGUGUUAGACAGAGUGCGCAAGCUCGCAGAUCAAUGCACGGGACUGCAAGGGUUUCUCAUAUUUCAUUCCUUCGGCGGAGGCACAGGAUCAGGCUUCGCUUCCUUACUCAUGGAACGUCUCUCCGUAGAUUACGGUAAAAAGUCGAAAUUGGAAUUUGCCAUUUAUCCCGCACCACAAAUAUCGACUGCUGUCGUAGAACCAUAUAACUCGAUCCUCUCAACUCAUACGACCCUAGAGCACUCAGAUGCAGCGUUCAUGGUCGAUAAUGAAGCUAUUUACGACAUUUGUAGAAGAAAUUUGGAUAUUGAAAGACCGACCUAUACUAAUUUGAAUCGUUUGAUUGGACAAAUAGUGUCUUCUAUCACAGCAUCCCUUAGAUUUGAUGGUGCGCUGAACGUUGAUUUGACGGAAUUUCAAACCAAUUUAGUACCGUAUCCUCGUAUCCACUUUCCACUUGUAACGUAUGCUCCUGUAAUCUCGGCUGAAAAAGCCUAUCAUGAGCAACUGUCAGUGGCUGAAAUCACCAACGCGUGUUUCGAGCCCGCCAAUCAGAUGGUAAAAUGUGAUCCCCGACACGGUAAAUACAUGGCUUGCUGCAUGCUGUAUAGAGGAGAUGUGGUGCCAAAGGACGUGAAUGCAGCAAUCGGCACCAUAAAAACUAAGCGAACGAUUCAGUUUGUAGAUUGGUGCCCUACUGGAUUCAAAGUGGGAAUUAAUUACCAACCACCCACUGUAGUACCAGGCGGAGAUCUAGCAAAAGUCCAGCGCGCAGUUUGUAUGUUGUCAAAUACUACUGCCAUUGCUGAAGCUUGGUCUCGUCUAAACCACAAGUUCGAUCUAAUGUACGCCAAACGUGCUUUUGUCCACUGGUAUGUCGGUGAGGGUAUGGAAGAAGGAGAAUUCUCAGAGGCUCGUGAGGACUUGGCUGCUCUUGAGAAGGACUACGAGGAGGUCGGAAUGGAUUCUGGAGAGGGAGAAGGCGAAGGUGGCGAAGAAUAUUAAUUUUAUUUUUUUCCCUUUUAUUUACUUUAGGUAUUGUUAUUUAUUAAUUAUUAUGUAACUCAUUGUUCCG